AUGUACUGCUGGUACUUGUGCCGCUUGGACUCCUUUAUAAAUUCAGGUGAACGAAAACGAGUCUAUACAUUCCCAUUAACUAUUUCCUUUACUAUUUAUUAUGCUUCAAAUGCUUGGCUUAAUGAAUUGGUUACAGGAGGUGGUCAACCAUGGUAUGUUGCAAAUCGUGUUAUUACUAAUAUUCGACCAGAUGGUUUUAUUAAUACAAGUCCUACUGCUGUUACACUUCCAAUAAUUUAUAAACAAAUUAAUAUUCAACAUGUUGAUGUUGUUCAAAUGUCUGAUGUUGAUGCAACAAUACCAAUGAGUUCAGUUCCACUUCAAUUUCUUUUCUAUGGUUAUCCAGCACCUACUGGUUGUAGUACUCCAUCACAAAUCAUUGGUAAUCGACCCAAUCGUGCUUGUAUUGGUACAUCUGUUGGUUCCGAUGUAACUGAAUAUGUUAUUGUUGAAACAUAUUGCCCAGGGCAAACAAUUGUGAAUUUUAUUACAAGUACACCAAUUGGAAUUAAAGAAAAAGUGCAAUUCUUAAUCCAAGUCCUGUAUUUAUCAUUUAAUUCUCAGUUGGAGCCCACACAGUACUCAAUAUGGUCCUGA